AUGAAUCUAGUGGAAAUAGUUGGGAACCGAAUUAAGAAGCACGUACUUGCUCUGGGCCAUUCUGAGCGAAGCUGGCGGGUUCUGAUUAUCGACCAGUCCACUGCAAAGCUUCUUCAUCACACGCUUCCAAUGAGCGAGGUGCUGUCUAGAAAUAUUGCAAUGGUUGAGAGAAUAGAGGACAUGAGAGAGCCCUCCACUGAGUUUAGUGCAAUAUACUUCAUAAGUGCAACUUCCCAAAAUGCAAAAAGAAUUGAAAAAGAUGUCUCGCAAAAGAUGUACAAGAGUGUAUUUGUUGUCUCUAUUUCUGAUAUUGAGGAGAAGGAGGAGCGCAUAUUUGAGAGUGUGAAAAAGAAAGUAGAGAAGCAAAGGGAAAAGACAAAGGGAAAGGAAAAAGAGAAAGAAGCAUUUGAGUUUAUCUAUAAAUGCGUUAUUUUUGAUUUCAUUCCCUUGGCAUCAGAUGUAUUUCAUAUGGAAACACCGUACUCGUACUAUACACAUAAGGAGGAAUACUUGGACGACAUUGCAGAUAAAAUAAAAGGCGUAUAUAGAACCAUGCAGGCACGGUGCACCCCAAUUCCUGUGGGGAAAUAUGCAAAAGAGCUAUCUGACAGGAUAGACUCAUCUGGAUCUAGCAAGCUAGUUAUUAUGGAAAGAGGGUCUGAUGUAAAUACCCCCUUCUUACAUACGUUCUUAUUUGAAAGCCUCUUGUGGGAUCUGGAACUGGCUGGCCCUGGGUAUGUGGUUGAAAGUGGACACCUUGAUAGAAGACCUGCAAAAAAAGACACCGAUCCAAAUAAAGACAGCGAAAGUGAAAGUGAAAGUGAUGAUGAAAAGAGGCUUGAAAUAACCGAAGACCACAAGGUGUGGAUGAGUGUGCGCAGCAAACAGCUAGUGGAAACACAUAAAAUACUCACUGAACUGAUCAAGGAAGAGACAAAGACAGAAGAAAAAGAGCAAAAGUCAAAUAUCAAGCAACUUGUCAAAGCAGUGCAGGAACUUCCUGCGCACACAAGAACUCUAAAAGAGAUAAAGAUAUUUAUGAGUCUUCUGGAGAAGUGCGUUGAAUUCUUUAAUUCUCCUGGAAUAAAGGAGACUGCAGAGCUAGAACAGGGUAUUUCCACGGGAAAGAACUUCAGUGGGCACAGCUUCAAGCACGAAGUAACCAAGGCCCUCUUUUCAGUUCUUAAAACUGCCAGACUUACACAGGCAGAGAAGCACAGGCUGUACAUUCUUUAUGUGCUUAACUACGGCAGCCUGCAGCGCAACGAAGAGGAACGCCUAAUAGACAGAGGGUAUUUAUCUCAGAAGGAAAUAGAAGUCGGGGAGAAGAUCAAAAAGCAUCUGGCAGGGAGGAAGAUAAAGCCUGUUUCAAAGAGAACCCUUCCAAUUGCCCGACAUGUUCCUUUAAUUGCUGAUGUUCUCACUGCAAUUAUUAAAAAGGACGAGCAUGCCUGCCGCAAGAUGGAAAUAGAUCUGCCAGGCAGAGAGGAGGCCAUUUCUGGUGCUUCUUUACGGAAGAGAGAGUUUGUGUUUAGGCAAAGCGUAUCCCAGAGCACAUCCCACAGAAGAAUUAUGAUUGUAUAUUUUAUUGGCGGCGCAUCGAUUGCUGAAAUAUCCGAAGUCCGUGAAAUAGCGCAGAACACAGGGCAGACCAUCAUUGUUGGCUCCACAGACAUAUGCUCUCCGAAUGGAAUGGUGCUAGCUCUGAACAAUCUGUAG